CGCCGAGCACGUCGUCCCGUUUUCGGUUCCCCCCGGCCCCGCACACGCGAUCGCACCGUUUCUCUCGGACGACACAGUUAUCAGAGUCCGCCGCAGCACGUCGCUGUCGUCGCCGCCGCAUCCGCACCGUAGUUCGUCGCGCGCCGAUCCGUCUCGCGUGAGAGUGUCCGUGUAUAAUCCGUGUACGCUCGGCGCACCGUCGUACAGCUCGUCGCGCCACUUUUUAGUAUUGCCCCCCUUCGUCAGUCAUCACUCGACGUCAGUGCACAGUGCACAGUGUUCAGUCGUUCGUCUCCCGAGUUCGUUGUGCUGUAGUAGAAUAGAUAAUAUAUUAUAGUGGUUCAUAAUAUUAUUUUUUAUUUUUUUUAUCAUUUUUUGUCGUUCAUAUUGUUUUGCACUGUAUAGUUUCGGUGUUUGAAAGAGAACGUUUAUUAUUUUACAAGCGCACAGAACUCAAUUUCCGACUUACCGUUCGCACCUGUCGACAAUGUAUUUGUACUUCUGUUGCCGUUUGAAAUCCGCCGACGUCAAUCUCAUCACGCGAGUGUUGCAACUCAAGGGCUGAAUAUUUUUUUACCAUUGUCGUAAAAAACGCACUAGUCUUACCGGUGUGUGCUUAGGUACCCAUAUUCCGGUUCCGACACUGCUCCGACCGCCACUUCCACCACUCCUACUCGUUCGCCGACCGCUGUUGUCUUUCUCUCGUCGCAGCGCGUUCUACCUUUGCGUUUGCACACGUAGCGUCGAUCGCUGCACAGAUACCACACGUUGCGUAAGUGUUCACGGACGAACAGACAGACAUCCGGUAUCCUUUAUACCAUUCGUUUGCGCUUCUACACGCCGGUGGCCAAAGUGGACUCGACAAAUUUCCUGUGCACCAUCACACUGGCCAGCAAAGUGGACUACGUCGUUCGUAGAAGAUCCAUUGGUGGCAUGAGGCCAGACCUGCAGAAGCUUAUCUAUCACACAUCUUCAGACCACUUUUCAGAGCUAGACACCAUCGCCGUGCUCUAGUCCCACACACCGCUAGCAGUAUAGAAUAGUUAUAAUUGGUGUGAGCAAAGUCCUAUUUUUAGUGUGACUGUAAACUCCAACAUCAUGGCGCCUACUAUCAUGAUGCGGCCCACUAAAAAGGACUGGCAACGUCAGUCACAGUCUGAAUCUGAGGAUGACGAUUUGGUUGGAAAGAAAGAUUUAAUGCCGCUAGUAAUGUUCCAAGUCGGCCAACAUUUUGUGCCCUUGGUUAUAACAAUGGUAGGAUUGCCAGCACGUGGCAAAACCAUUCUUGCUUAUAAGAUUCAACAAUAUCUCAACUGGACAAAUCAUAAGGCCAAAGUGUUUUCUGUGAGCUCAUACAGACGUAAACACAUUGAGUUAUAUAGUAGCCAUGACCUAUUUCGUAAGGAAAAUAGUGAAGCGGCUGAGAUUCGUCAAUUAAGUGCACAAGAAGCACAAGAUGACGCCACCAAAUGGUUACAAGAUGGAGGAGACGUAGCUAUAUUGGAUGGCACUCAUAUAACACAAGCUCGCCGUCAAACAGUAUAUGAUCAUUUUGCUAAGGUUAUGGGAUAUAAGGUAUUAUUUAUUGAGUGUGUUUGUGACGAUGAGAUGCUUAUUGAGCACAAUGUCAAAGAAGUGAUGCAAUUCAGUAAGGACUAUAGAAAUAUGUCUAGUGAGAAAGCUCUCGAUGAUUUUCAUCACAAGAUUGAACAUUAUAUGGAACAACAUGAACCUAUGAAACCAAAAUCAGAUGGCUAUAGCUACAUAAAAUAUUUAAAUGCAGGAGAAUCACUAACUGUUUGUCGUUUGAAUUCUCCUAUGCAAAGUGAGGUGCUAGCCUUUGUUUCAAAUUUCAAACCAUUAGCAAAAACAUUUUAUUUUUCAAGACAUGGCGAAAGUGAAAAUAAUGUUUUGGGUCGUAUUGGUGGAGAUGCAGAAUUAUCAGUCCGUGGUCGCACUUAUGCUGCAGCAUUAGCACGCUAUUUUAAUAAUGAGAAUCGUUUAGAAGGACUACGUGUGUGGACUAGUGAAUUGAAACGCACCCAUCAAACAGCUCAAGGUAUUAAAGCUCCAAUAGAACCUGUACCUUUCCUUAAUGAGUUAUAUGCUGGUGUAUGUGAAGGAUUGAGUUAUGAAGAGAUGCAAUGCAAAUUUCCACAAGAGUUUGCUUGGCGUGAUCAAGAUAAGUUACAGUAUCGUUAUCCAUGGGGAGAAUCUUACAUAGAUAUUAUGACACGAUUGAAACCAGUAUUGUUGGAACUUGAAGGAGAUAUGGAUAAUUUAUUAAUAAUCAGUCACCAAGCUGUUUUAAGAUGCUUACUUGGAUAUUUCUUAAAUAAGAAACAUGAAGAAUUACCGUACAUUAACGUACCUUUACAUACCAUCAUCAAGCUGACAUUAAGCGGAUACAAAUGCAAAAUGGAAGUGAUUAAGCUAAACAUUGAAUGUGUGGACACAUAUCGUAUGCAACCAAAGAACUGUUCUGUCAAUCGUUCAACUGAUGAUGCCUUACUAACAGUGCCAGCUCAUUUUGAGAAUUUAUCUUUGUGGAAUCAUGCGCCAAUUGUUCAGCUUUGAACAUAAUAUAUAAUUAGAUAUAUUAAUGUCUCAUAGAUUUAAAUUCAUAUACGAUAUCCCAAUAAUCUUAGAUCUUUAAAGUUUAUAACGUCAUGGCAUUUAAAAUGGUUUGAUAAUAUAAAAAACAUAAUGUUUAAUUUCAGGUAUAGAAUUUUCACAUUAACUUUAUACUAUGAUAAGAAUAUUCAAAGUGAAUAUUAGUAAUUUGAUUGUUUUUGACAUUAACGGACCAUGUUAGGAGAUGAUAAAUAUUAGAGAUAUUUUAAUAAUUUUUAAGUAUAGAUUCGGAAGAAUACAAAUUAAAUAUUAUUUAUUAGGGAUUAAGUAUAAUAAAUUAUAAGUACAUGGAAAGUUAUGGAUUUCUAUAGUUUAUUAAUACAUUAAUUUAGAAUAUUGUUAUAUUUAUAUCUAACUUUAAACAAACUAAAUUUUAUUGUCUCUAGUUCCCAUGCUAGUUUCAGUAUUAAAAUCAUUUGAUGUUAUUAAAAAAAAAAAAAAAAAUCAUAAUGAAUGAGUAUAUGUGUUUGAUCUCUUACAUUAUUUACAAAAUUUUAUGAUCGCACAAACACUGCAUUAUAACUCUGCUAAAAUACGAACAUGUUUCUAUGUAGCAGCGACAGAAAAAAUAUUAAUGUCGAUAAAAGAUAUAUGAAAUCCAAUAAUUAUAUUAAUUAUUAUUUUUUUUUUUUUAUA